UCCGCUGCUUCCGGUUCCAACUUGUGUUCAGGAAGUUGGGUGUUUGACAGCUGAUACAGAAAAUACAUCACGGGGACCGCUUUCAAAGAAACAAAUAAAUAAAGGAUAUAUACCCAGUCAUCUUUACAAGCCUGUAACCCAAUACACUAUGUCAAGACAAUCCAACCGAACCACAGACAGCAAAAAGAUGAACGCAGAGCUGUUCACACUGACAUACGGGGCCCUGGUAACCCAGCUGUGUAAGGACUAUGAUAAUGACGAGGAGGUCAACAAACAGCUGGAUAAGAUGGGAUACAAUAUCGGAGUGCGUCUCAUCGAGGACUUCUUGGCACGCUCCAGCGUUGGGAGGUGUCAGGAUUUCCGAGAAACGGCCGAUGUCAUUGCUAAGGUGGCGUUUAAGAUGUACCUGGGCAUCACCCCCAGUGUGACCAACUGGAGCCCGGCGGGAGACGAGUUCUCCCUCAUCCUGGAGAGUAACCCCUUAGUGGACUUUGUAGAGCUGCCUGACAACCACAGCUCCUUGGUCUACUCCAACCUGCUGUGUGGGGUACUCCGAGGAGCUCUGGAGAUGGUGCAGAUGGCAGUGGAUGUGAAGUUUUCUCAGGAUACCCUGAGAGGAGACAAUGUCACAGAGAUUCGGAUGAAGUUCAUCAAGAGGAUGGAAGAGAACCUACCGGCUGGGGAUGAGUGAGAGAAACACACAGAGAGUGAGAGAGAGAAACCUCCACCUCUCCUCUUGCUCUCCAUCCAUCCAUCCUGAAUCUGAUGUCACUCAGGGGGGUACGGAGGGAGAGAAAGAGGUAUUGGGUAACUCUUCACUGAGAGACAAAGAAUGGAGACAAGGAAAUUAUGUCCUUGGGUGGGUCUCAAAUGUAUUCUAUCUUCCUCUCCUUGUCUCCUUCCCUUCAUCUGCACUAGUGUAAAGAUAAUGGAUAGAUAGAUGGGAGUUAAACUCAGGGAAGGAGAGGACUUGGCCUUUGAGAUGCACUGUUUGGUUUAUGGAAGGACUUCUGCUGAACUAUGAUCCUUGACCUUUAAUGUCUGCUCAUAUGACCCCUGACCUUUCCCCUUUAAUCUCUGCUCCUGGGAUGAGGAACUCCUUGGCCACUUCAUCACAUAUGUUAAUUUCUGAGAAAAACGUCCCUUAGAUAUCGUCUAGGCUUUGUCUUGUGAAAGUAGUCAGGAAAAGCUCCUGGCCUGUUACAAAUGGAAAUGUUUUUGAUUUUAAAUUCUGUUAAUUUACUAAAUUUAGCAUCAAUUUAUAUCACUGAAUGGAAUGUGAUGGUUUCACUACUACGUGAUGUGAUGGUUUCACUACCAAGUCAAUUGUGUUGUACACGGUGGACCAGAUUUUGACGUUUAGUCUCUUUAAAAAAAAAAUAAUAAGAUCAUAGAGGUUCUGUUAAUGUCUGUGUAUAAGAUCUUUAUUUGUUGUCAUCUAAGCAUUAAAUAAAUAUACAGCCACAUGUAUGGCAAUGUUCAUUUAA